AAAGGAAAUUAUUUAAUGCGCUAAAAAAUAAUAUAAAAAAGAAAGUACUUAACAUAAUGUUUAUGUAUAAAUAUAAAAAAAUAAUAUAUAUACUAGUAAUCUCCCUCGAAAAAUCAUUCAGGUCCCCUUUCGAUCUCACUUUGAUCCUUUUCGAUUUCUUCCCAGAAGAUUUUUUUUUCGUUAAAUUUUGUGUGUUCUCCUUUCUGGGUUUCUGGAGUUUGAUUUGGAAACUGAGCGUCUCCUCAGUUUACCAGGAGUUUGAUACAUUGACACCAUGAAAGAGGAACAACGCUUACUUCUUCUCCACUCAUCCUCACUCUUCUCUCCUCCUCAAGGAGUGAAGCUAUCAUAUGGGACGGCAGGGUUCAGGGCAGAUGCAUCGAUCCUUAAAUCAACAGUUCACAGAGUUGGGAUAUUGGCUGCUUUAAGAUCACUCAAAACCCAAUCAGUUGUUGGAUUGAUGAUCACAGCUUCACACAAUAAAGUUACUGACAAUGGAGUCAAAAUUGUUGAUCCAAGUGGUGGAAUGCUCACUCAAGAAUGGGAACCUUUUGCAGAUCAACUUGCCAAUGCCCAAACUCCUGAAGCCUUCCUCUCACUCAUAACAGAAUUUGUAGAGAAGGAAAAAAUUCCAUUAGAUGGAGUGCAAUCUGCAGAGAUAUUGUUAGGAAGAGACACCCGGCCUAGCGGAGAAUCUCUCCUUGAAGCUGCAAAGCAGGGAAUAAGUUCAAUUCUUGGAGCUAUUGCACUUGAUUUAGGAAUUUUAACAACCCCACAGCUGCAUUGGAUGGUUCGUGCUAGGAAUAAAGGCAUGAAAGCGACAGAACCUGCCUAUUUUGAACAGAUUUCAAGCUCCUUCAGGUGCUUGGUAGAUUUGAUCCCAAAUGAAACCAAAAGCAGCAAGAUGGAUAACACAGUUGUGGUUGAUGGGGCUGAUGGUGUGGGUGGAGAGAAACUUGAAGUUUUGAAAACUAUGUUAACCAGUUUAGUUAUCGAGGUUCGUAAUACUGGUAAAGGUGGGGGUAUAUUGAAUGAUGGGGUUGGUGCUGAUUACGUACAGAAAGAGAAGGUUGUUCCACGUGGAUUUUGUUCCAAUGAUGUUGGAUUAAGGUGUGCAAGUUUGGAUGGUGAUGCUGAUCGCCUUGUAUAUUUUUCGGUCCCAACUAACAGUAGCAGAAAAAUUGAUCUUAUUGACGGGGACAAAAUAUUAUCCUUGUUUGCAUUGUUCAUCAAGGAGCAACUAAGUAUUCUGACCAAGAAGGGCACUGAAAACCUUAAUAAUAAUUCUCAUGCUCGACUUGGUGUUAUACAGACAGCUUAUGCUAAUGGAGCAUCCACUGAUUAUCUCAAACAAUUGGGUUUGGAAGUCAUUUUUACUCCUACAGGGGUAAAACACUUGCAUGAGAAAGCUGCUCAGUUUGAUAUUGGAAUCUAUUUCGAAGCCAAUGGUCAUGGCACUAUCUUGUUCUCUGAAUCCUGGUUGUCUUGGUUAGAGGCCAGGAACAAUGAAUUAGGUUUUGCAUCUGAAGGAUCCGAACAACAGAAAGCUGCUCUAAGACUACUCUCUGUCAGUAAAUUGAUCAACCAAGCUGUUGGAGACGCUUUGAGUUGCUUGCUUUUGGUUGAGGUUGUUUUGCAACAUAAGGGUUGGUCCAUACAUAAAUGGAAUGAACUUUACCAGGAUUUACCUAGUCAACAACUUAAGGUCAAAGUUGUAGACAGAACAGCUGUUGCAACAACAAAUGCCGAAACUGUAGCUAUUAGUCCCCCUGGCAUUCAAGAAGCCAUUGAUGCUGAAACUGCGAAGUACCCUAGAGGCCGGUGUUUCAUACGACCAUCAGGUACAGAGGAUGUCAUUCGUGUUUAUGCAGAAGCCUCCACCCAAGAAGCUGCAGACAGCUUGGCGGGUUCUGUUGCCAAAAUUGUUGAUCGUUUUCUAGGUUUUAGCAGCUCUCAGCGGUAGCUUCCCUAAUCUUUCACAAUGUAACAGAAAUCACAAAUGGAGACGCAGAUUACUGUGGGUGCUUUAUAUUUUAUGUUUUGUUUUGAAGGUAAUAUAUUUUGUUAUACUUUUUUAUAACAUUAAACUUUGUCAUCUUACUUUUACAGGCAUUGAUUUCAAAUUGAGUUUUCCCCACUACUUUGAACAUUACAGAGUUCCUUUUCUGUUCGGUAUCUACUCGUCUAUGUGGAUGCUUCCCUGUGCGGUAAAAGUACCCCGCAAUCUUUCACCUUCAUCCCUUGCCCUUCAUUGUCCUGGUUGAUGAAAUGGUUAAACUACUUCUUUGGCUGACAAUUCCGGCUCCAACCGAGUAAUCCAUUUGGUGAUGGGCAAGGAACACAUUGGUUUUCCUCCCAUUCUGUGCCCCACAUUGAUUUCCUAGAGAAGAGUGCAAUGUCUCUUCCCAAGCUUGUGAAACGACCUUGUCAUAGUAGGUAAAAGCCCCAUCGGCCUUGUCAAAAAUGAGAACCUUUUGCCGAUCAACUUCCCAAUGCCCAAACUCUUGGAAGCUCUCCUCUCUGUGGGUAACAUUUUAUGUUUAUGGAAGUGGGUUUUAUUUGUUUUAUAGUAAUUCACUGAAAUUAUAUCAAGAAACUAAUGGAACACCCGGAAAUAUAUUUGAGCA